GUCCUCAGACCACACCAUCAGUUCUCCGUCGAGCGCAGUUGAGCAAUCACUCACCUCCUCUUCCACACUUACUUGCCGGCAGCUAAUUUGGCCCUCCGCUACGGCGCCGCUCCUCACCGGCCGCUACAGUCAGCUCUUCGCGUGCCAACAAACACACGAUUUUCUCCGAUUGAGUCCAGAUUCAGCGCUUUCCGAGCAUCUCUAGUUUUGAAAACCUAGCCACUGAAAUCAGGGGCAAAGUUAUGGCGAUUGCAAAUGGAAGUAAUGAAGAUAUAUUGAUGCUAGAGGCACCGCCUCAGUUAGCUGCAGCACCGCCAGCUCAAAUAAUUGAUGCGCUGCCUUACAUUGAUGAUGACUACGGCAACCCGGCAGUUAAAGAAGAAGUGGACCGAUUGGUUGAAGAUGAGAUGCGCCGUAGCUCCAAGAAACCUUCCGAUUUUCUCAAAGACCUUCCCCCUCUCCCCAAAUCCAAUUUUCAGGAUCAUCCAAUGCUUGCUAGAGAAUACGAGAGGGUCAGAGCUGGAAAGCCACCAGUGCUAAUGGAUACAUCGAGAUACGGACUUGAAAUGCCGCCGAUGAACAAACGGAAUGACGAGACUGCAUGGAGGCAGGCAGUCCAGAAAGCUCAGCGUUUGUUGCAGCAUCAAGUAAUCAGGCUUGAGAAUCUGGAUUUGAUGUCCAAGCAUGGCCCUGAAGUUUGGAAGUUGUAUAAUCAACAGUUGGAAGCAUUUCUGGCAAGAAUGCAAUCACAAGUUUUGGAGCUCAGUGGAAACAUUGAAUCUGUAAAUAGAGAGAGGAAGUAUCACCAGCAAAACACUGCCUAUGAGCUGAAUGCUUUAUCUACACAAUGGAGGGAGCUAUGCUUGAAAAACAUUGAAAUCCAAGCUGCAUGUGGUGAAAUUGAAACCCGUAUGGAAGAGCUAAAGAAUGAAGCUGUUGGAAGGGGAUGGAAUUUGGAAGAAAAUAUUGCAAACAGCCCUCAACACGCUGAAAAUUGAGGUCUGAAAACGAUCCUCUUUUGGGAUUUUUUUUUUUUUUUUUCAUUUUCCCUUUCUCGUGCAUUAUAAACAUGCAAAGUAGUUGAUAUUUUCUGCAGUGUAAAAGAUUCUAACUAGUUAAUAUGAGCAAUCAGUGAACCUGCAUUCCUAUCUUUUGGCUUCGAGUAAUGAUUCAUUCCCGUGUUUGUUUA